GAACAAAUAACCAUUCACACUCCUUAAUAAUUCAAUAAGGCUCAGAAAAAAAACAACUGGAGUUUGCCCAUAGCAUAAGUACUUUGUAUUCAGAGGACAAUGCCAACUCACCCAUUGCUUCCAUAUGAAGAGAGCCCAGAUGGACUGGGUCAAGACAUUCUGAUCAGUAGUAGUGCAAGCAUGCCAGGGUCCGGGUCUAGCAUGACCCCUCACAGCAUUGCCACGGAAGAGGCCAUAUUGCAAACUGGCAGAAGUGUGCCAGUGUCUUGUAUGUUCUGCGACCAGACCUUUGCUCAUCAGGAAGCUCUAGGCCCACACGUCUUAACCCAACAUCCAACUACUCUGUUUGAACCAGCUGUGCUUUGUGUUGAAGCAGAGUUCCGGACCCCUGGGGAGAGGACCCGAUCUAAACAGAGUAACCUCCCUCUUGAAAAAGAGGAGGUGCUCAGCUGUAUUGUAUGUGGUCAGAUAUCACAAGAUGUUAGUGAGUUGGAGACCCACAUGAGAAAACACAAGGAUUACUUUACUUAUUGCUGUAAUGUAUGUGGACGACGCUUCAGGGAGCCCUGGUUCCUCAAAAACCACAUGAAAAUGCAUGGAAACAAGCCAGGAGCCAAGAACAAGGCCCAGCAAGAUCUGGAGACCCCUAUCAUGAUCAAUGGCAUUAUUCAAGACCAGAAUCUAGAGCCUGUUGCCACUCUUUAUAAAAUGUGCAUGAUGUGUGGCUUUUUUUUCCCUGAUCAAGAUAGUUUGGGGGAGCAUAGUAAAGUACAUAAUAGAGAAGUGGAGCCUGAAAAAGAAAGAAAUGAGAGCUGGAAUGCUCCUGUUGAUUCCUAUGUCAAGCAGGAAACAUUUCUGCAGACUUUAAAUCUUAGACCCUGCCCUGCAGGAAAUAAUUUGCAACCUGAGAGAUCAUGUAGAUGGGUUGCCCAGUUAGACCCUUUCAACACAUACCAGGCCUGGCAACUUGCUACAAAGGGUAAGAUAGCAGUUGGUCCAAGUAAUGCUAAAGACAUAGGCCAGGAUGCCAGUACAGACAAUGAAGAGUGUGGCUCUGAUAAAGAGGAGUCGAGUAGUAUUUCGUCUGAGGGCCAAGGAGACAAGCCGAUGAAAGAAGUUAUUGGGAGGGAGCUUAGGUCCCGGCUGCUGACUACAACAGUUGAAACCCCGUCACCUGAGCUAGAUCAAAGGCCUGUAAUGCAAAAACGUAAGGAACGACCAACCACCUGUGAAGACUGUGGGAGAUUUUUCAGGACCUACCACCAAUUAGUUCUCCACUCCAGGGUGCACAAGAAGGAGAGGGGUGGAGAGGAGAGCCCUACUGUUUCUGAUGGGAAAUUGUCAAGAGCAAGCUCAGUGGACCAUGCAGAGGACGGUUCCGAGGAAGCAACUGUGUUGGAGACCUUGGGUUCAGGUGAAGAUGGUCUUGUACGACCCAAGGUCAGAUCGAGACAAUGUAGUUAUUGUGCCAAAACAUUCCGUUCAAGCUAUUAUCUCACCAUUCAUCUCAGGACUCAUACAGGUGAAAAACCAUUCAAGUGUAUGUACUGCGAUUAUGCCGCUGCCCAAAAGACAUCACUGAAAUAUCACCUUGCUCGACGUCACAAAGGCAAACACUCCAUGGAUCUCCCUGAUCGACCUGUGCUAAUAGUGCCUUCUAUUAAUAAUGCUGAACACAGAAAUGAGAAUGAAAAAACUCCCUCAAAUAGAUCAGAACUAUGUGUAGCAGGACUCAAAUCAACUACAAGCGGAAAACCAGCAGACAGAUUUGACGACACAGGAGGCAAGCACGGAAAACCAGUCACUCAAAUGAAUGAUGAAUAUGAGAAGCUAAUUGCUAAGCCUGCUUCCUCCCCAACUGAUGAGAUGCAGUUAAAAUGCCCCUUACCUCUUAACCUGAAGAUGGAACGAAAGGAGAUGAAAGGAGAGAGCUUUGAGGCCCCAUUAAAUCUGUCCUUAAAAGUGUCUGUCUCUAUCCCCGCCAGCUCAGAACCCAGAAACACAUUAAUUCCAAUUGCCUGUUCAUCCUGUGCAUAUCAAACCUUGUAUCCAGAGGUUUUGAUUAUGCACAAAAACCUGACUCAUAAAGAUGAGACAGAAAUUACCAGAGAGAAUGACUUAAGAAGGAGUGUGAAACAAAGACGUUUUACUGGCUGCCCCCCUGCCCUUGAUGGAAAGGAUGUCACUCCACUUCCCAGGAUUGACAGGAGCUAUCCUCGUCGGACCAAAUCUCCACCUCCUCAGCCUGAAAAACCACAAGAAAAGUCUCACUCUGUCAACCCACCUCACGUUCCUAAACAGUCUUCUGUCCAUGUACCUAAGCAUGAGGUUAUCCAGGAGACCCUGCAACAUAGGACCAAGAUAGACCCGCAAGUAAAUCAGGACUCUUCAAGAGUUACAAAGCUAAAGAAAAAAUCUGGUACCAGCAAUGCAAUGAAGAGGGUUAGCCCAUCAGACAAAGUGGAAAUUGGUGAGCAAACUUACCCCAUGAGAACUGAUGUUUGGCACUCGGAUGCAGCCAAGCUGUGCCUGUCCAGCGGGUUUGGAAACCUUUGUCACAUGGAUUUAGGUGAAUCUUCCAGCAAAAGAUUCAAGUACUUAAUGCCUCUUGCCGGGGAAACUAACAUUGUUGAGAAAUCUGCCUUAAAAGUACCAGCAGGGGAUGAAAAAAACAGACUACUUGGGAGAAGUGUGACGUCUACACCACAAGGGUCAUCACCUUUCACAGUCUCUCAGGCCAAUGUACUUACGAAGGCUACAGCUCCAGGCAGUAUGGUCUCUGACUGGAACAUGUUUAACAUCCUGCAGUCCUACACCCCUUGUGAUCUGGCAUCUCUCUACAGUUCCACUGCAGCCAAACUCAGUCAUGGAGGGCUGGCCAACCCAAGAGCUGGCGGUAUAACUACUCUCUACCAACACUUGCCAUCAUUGCCAAACCUGCAGAUGAAUGUCUAUCCAGGCCCCUUACCUACUGAAUGUUAUGGAACCACAGACAAAAAUGGUAAGCAGGCAUCAGUGCGGCAGGCUUUCUGGGAUGACAGCCAUGAGAUUCCCCCUCAGGUGCCAUUGGAGCCCCUUUAG